GGGCCAAUGAGCGGCGGCGGGAGGUGAAAUCCGGUUCUAACCGGUCCGGGGCUCCCAGCGCUAUAAAAACUUUAUAAACCCCCCGGAGCCCGAGCAGUGUGAAGAAGAGGCGAGAACGACCCCCGGACCGACUACAGCUCGCGCGCCGCUGCAUCCCCGCGUCCAGCGUCUACGUUCCGCCGCCGUCGCCAUCAUGCCCAAGAGAAAGGCUGAAGGGGAUGCUAAAGGAGAUAAAGCCAAGGUGAAGGACGAACCACAGAGAAGAUCCGCAAGGUUAUCUGCUAAACCUGCUCCUCCAAAGCCAGAGCCCAAGCCUAAAAAGGCCCCUGCAAAGAAGGGGGAAAAGGUACCCAAAGGGAAAAAGGGGAAAGCUGAUGCUGGCAAGGAUGGGAAUAACCCUGCAGAAAACGGAGAUGCCAAAACAGACCAGGCACAGAAAGCUGAAGGUGCUGGAGAUGCCAAGUGAAGUGUGUGCAUUUUUGAUAACUGUGUACUUCUGGUGACUGUACAGUUUGAAAUACUAUUUUUUAUCAAGUUUUAUAAAAAUGCAGAAUUUUGUUUUACUUUUUUUUUUUUAAGCUAUGUUGUUAGCACACAGAACACUUCAUUGUUGUUUUUUGGGGAAGGACAUAUAUUAUUAAUAGAACGUCUCCAAAGCUGGAUUGACAUGGGGAAAAACACCUUUUCCCCUCUAGUUUUGAGAGACUUCCUCUUAGUUCCUGGGAGGAGGGAUCCCUUGAUGUUGAUACACAUUAGCCACCUUGGCACAAACACCUUGUGGAGUGGAAAAACUCAAAUUUGUUUUUAUGUCCUCUUCUCUCUCUCCACCUUAAGCAUAGACUUGACUCCCUUAAAUCCAGAGACCUGUUGGGAUCUGACCCAGAAAAAUUGGUUACCAGUAUGUCAGGCAAUCCGGACUUGAUAGUGUCACCAUUGAGAUGGCAUCCCUCAAAAGAGCAGCAGUUCCAUUUUUAGAUUGUGGAUCUACAGAUUGAUAAUUCUGCCAUUUUCAUUUCAUUUCCUGAAAGUCAGGGUCGGCUUGUGAAAAGUUGUUAAACAACAAUGCUUAAUGUGAAAUGUCAGCCCUCACUCUAAACUUUACCUGUUCAGAGCAUCAAAUGAAGACUUCAUUGGGUUUUUAUAGUGGCUUUCUGAUUUUGGUAGUCCAUUGAAGAAGGGAGUGUGAAAGUUGUUGUAUACUGUUAACGAUUGUCUGCCCAUGUCCUGCCUGAAAUACCAUGGUUGUUUAUGAAAAGUAUCUUUAAUAAAGCUGGAUACAGUUUGGCUUGGAA